GUCUUGUCCGAACGCGUCAUCUCUUGGCAGAAAAACCGUCAAUCAUCAUCCCCGAGGACAUGAUCUUCAUCGGGGACUCGGUGAAGGUCACCUGCACGCUUCCCAUCGACUACAAGGGCGGCGAGUGUCGUCUGUACAAAGACGACGCCUACAAACCCUUCAAGGUGAUGAUUGCAACCGAUUGGAUCUGCGUCUUCCAGGUGACCUCCGACGAGCUGAUGGGACGCCACCGGAGACCCGGACGCUUCUACCUCAAGUGUGACUACCAGCUGCAGCAGUACACGUCAGUGAGCAGCGACAGCAGAGGCAUCACGGUCCACCGGCCAGUGCCCCCUCCUGAACUAAGCGUCAGCCACCGGUUCGUGUCCCCUGAGGACAGCGUGGAGGUCCACUGUGUCGCCGACUCCUAUGAAUGUUCCUACUUCAGGAACCAGGCCUGGAUCGCAAGGUGGCCCUGUAGAAAAAACCUGACAGGAAAGCAGCUGGCAAAGUGGGCGGAGCCAACCCUGCUGCUCCCCGUCAACCUCACCUGCACAUAUGGCGUGUCCCCUCCCAGCAACCACAUGCUGCUGUUUGUCGUCGACACAAGUCAAGCCUCCUCGUCUGUCGACUGCAAAGUUUCCGUGGACGACGACCAGAUGCCGGUGUUCAGAAACGACAGCUGGACGUCUGUUGAUGAAGACGGGCUGACGGUCAAAGUUCAGGCCACAAACAGCACCUUGAGGACCAACGAGACCUGCAGCCACAUCCAGACUCAGACCUAAUAAAAGCUUUAAUGAAAGUUUUGGUUUGGAGCCUUUAAAGUUUUUGAAUGUUGCUGUGAAAGACCUGAAAGAACCUUGUGAAAAAUACAAGUUUGUUUUAUCUGUAAAGUAAAUAAACGGAAGUUUGAGGGCGUCAGCAAACAAA